GAGAGAACUAACUAAUCACCUUCAAAAUCUUUAUCGGCAAAACAGGAAAAAAAAAAAUCAUUUGUACUUUCUCUCUCUACAAACUCUACAAAAAUGGCAGCAAGUCUCAUGCCUAUUCAGCCUCCGGUCAUCGUCCGAGCAUCCGCCUCCACCUCCGGCAACCAGAAGUCCGACUCUCAACGCAAAAGCUGGUGGACUCCACUCUUCGGCUGGCCCUCCGAGCCCGACUACAUUGACUCCGGCAACAUCGACAAAAGCAGGAAGAAUAACACCACUUUCUCGGCGAAAUCAGGCGCCACUUCGGACUCGGAUCUGGAUCAGAGGCCGGUCAGAUCUCGUAUAUCCCCGGGGAGCUUCACCGAAGAAAAGGCGAGGAAGCUCCGGAUGUUGACGAUGGAAAUGGAGUCGUUUCACGAGGCGAUGUAUCACUCUGCCAUCGCUUCACGUCUCGCUUCCGAUUUCUCCGAUCGUUCUGAUGAAUGAUCGAUCUCCGAUUUCCGGCGAGUAUGUGUUUCGAUUAAUUUUAAAUUGCAAUUAGUUUUGUACAAUUAGAUUUAAAGUUCUAGAUGUUUCUUUUCAAUUUAGUAACUAUUAUUUUAAAAGGUUACUUUCAAUCUUUCAUAGUUGUAGUAUUGUAGACUUGGAAGUUGGAAACGAAAGGCAGAUGUUGAUAACAUAUGAUUUUCUAAUGUUUUUAUAUUAGAGAUCUUUGAUUAACCGACCCUUGAAGAUUGGGAUGAUGUAUGUAUAAUACUAAUGGUAGUAAUAAUUUGUAUAUAAAUAAAAUAUUUGUUUAAUUUAA